GGAGAAGUUCUUCACGACGAUGAAGAAGGACGGCUCCUACCGAACCCGGGACCAACUCACUUCCAAAUGGAGCCAUAUCAACAAAAAACUCCGAAAGUUUAUGGGAGUUUACGAGGGAUGCUCCCGGUCCCGGAGGAGCGGCACGAACGACGCCGAUGUUCUCCGGCUUGCCAUAACCCGGUAUCAAGACGACGAGAACCAAGGCAAGGUGCCCAUCGAUCUUUGGAGGAUUUUGAGUCGUUCCCCGAAGUGGCAACAACUCAACAAUCCCGACGGCGGAUCGUUCCGGAAAAGAUCCACCGUCGACGCCGAGGUUGAGGUCGGCGAGACUAUCGGUUCUAGCGAUCAAAUCCCUCCUUUCAACGUUGCGGAUUCCGAUGACGAGGACCCCAUUCCACGGCCGAUCGGAAGAAAGAAGGCAAAAUCCAUUGCCUCGGGUUCGGGAGGGUCCGCCUCUGUUUCCGCUUCUCCCCGCGACGAAAUCGGACGGGCAAUGAUUGAACAACUUCGGGCAUUCAAUCUCCAAGAACAAGAGAGGUUGAAGCUAAAAGAGAAGGAGUUGAAGCUAAAGGAGCAGGAGGCUGAGAUGAAAGUCAUGCAAACCGACCCCGGGACGUUGUCGGAGUUUGGACGAAUGAUCUAUGAGCAAAGAAUGAGAGAGAUCAAGGAGAAAUAUAAUUUACCUUAGUUUUUUUUGUUAAUGUAUCGUUUUUUAAAUUAUUGACGCUUUUUUUUAUUUAAUGAAUGUAUUUUUUUAUUAUUCGUGUUUCAAUUUAAUUAAAUAAUAAAUUAAUUACAUUUUAUUAAUUUAAUUUUAGAAGAUGUAUAUUUAAAAAUGUAAAAAAUGAAGGUUUGAAGCCUAG